AUGGCCAUUACUGUCAUUUCAGUACAACUAUCACCGGAGCAACAAAAAGUUCUCGAUAGUUUGAAUCCGAGGCAAAGAAGGAUGUAUGAUGCUUAUGAUGCUACGCCAGGAAAAGUUCGUUAUCUAGAAGGAAUUUUAGAAGAUCGUAAAAAAUCGGAAGUCGGAUGGGAACUAAUGACUCUUUCAAUUUACACAAUAACCACUAUUGUUGUUACUUUUGUAAAUGCACGAUAUUUUAAUAGUGAAGAUUCGACAAAAACCUUUGUCAUAACUAUAAAUAGUGUUUACUACGGAAUCAAGUCAAUUAUUAUGGGAAUAAAGUUAGAACGUGAUGGUCUAAUUUAUAAUAAAUAUAACGAUCUUAUUAUUAUUUCACCAGUCAUCAUAGGAAUUGUUAUUGCGAUUUUAUUGGGAAUUUUCGUCGUAUCACCAACAAUCACAAUUUCUUUCGUAAAUGUUGGGCUGGAGAUGUCGAAGUUCGCCAUUCUAUUGAUUGAAUCUCAAAAAUCUUGUAUGAAGAAAAUGCGCGUACCAUUUACAUCUCAGCUACCAAAAGAGGGACAUGACGCCAAGAGAUUAUUAAUUUGUUUUACGAAACGAAGUAAAACAAGGGAUCCUGUGGGGUCUGAGCUACCUCUUGUUGGGUCAAUAGUUGAUAAAGCAUUACUACAUAAUGUUUCAAAUAUGUAUUCUUUCCUUUAUAAAAUUGCAUAG